CCCCCCCCACCUUCGGCGGAGGCGGUGCGCGGCCGGCGAUCAGCGUGCAGAGCGGGAGCGAUGGCGGCGGACCCCUGCUCGUUCGCGUCCCCCGAGUGCUGCCUCACGCGCCACCUCCACCUGCGCUGCCGCGUGGACUUCGGCGCGCGGGCGCUGCGGGGCGCGGCCGCCUUCACCGUGCGCGCCGAGCGCGAGGCGCUGCGUUGCCUGGUCUUGGAUACAAAAGACCUCCAGGUGUUUAAAGUGACCGUGAAUGGACAGGAUGCAAAAUUUGCUUUUGGAGAAAAACAUAAGUUCAAGGGGACCCCCUUGGAAAUCACGCUUCCUUUUGAGCUAAGAAGGGGACAAGAAGCAAUUAUCGAAAUUUCUUUUGAAAGCUCUCCGAAGUCUUCAGCUCUCCAAUGGUUUACACCAGAGCAAACUUCUGGAAAGAAACACCCAUUUCUCUUCAGCCAGUGCCAGGCUACCCAUUGCAGAGCCAUCCUUCCUUGCCAAGACACACCAGCUGUGAAGCUAACAUACUAUGCAGAGGUAUCUGUUCCUAAAGAGCUGGUGGCUCUUAUGAGUGCCAAUCGCGACGGAGAAAUGCCUGACCCAGAGGACAGCAGUCGGAAGAUAUACCGUUUCAGACAGAAUGUUCCCAUACCUUGCUACUUGAUUGCUUUAGUGGUUGGAGCUUUAGAAAGCAGGCAGAUUGGUCCAAGGACACUGGUGUGGUCUGAAAAGGAGUUAGUGGAUAAAUCAGCCUAUGAAUUUGCUGAGACUGAAGCUAUGCUGCAAACAGCAGAAGACUUAGCAGGACCCUAUGUGUGGGGGCAGUAUGACUUGUUAGUCUUACCACCUUCUUUUCCUUAUGGUGGCAUGGAGAAUCCUUGUCUUACUUUUGUGACUCCAACACUAUUGGCAGGUGAUCGAUCUUUAUCCAAUGUUAUUGCUCAUGAAAUCUCUCAUAGCUGGACGGGAAACUUGGUAACAAACAAAACAUGGGAGCAUUUUUGGCUGAAUGAGGGACAUACUGUAUACCUGGAACGCAGGAUUGGUGGUCGGUUGUUUGGUGAGCAGUUCAGGCACUUUCAAGCCCUCGGUGGUUGGAGAGAACUGCAAAAUACAAUAAAAACUCUUGGGGAUAAAAAUCCCAUAACUAACCUCGUCCCUGAUCUGAAUGAAAUAGAUCUUGAUGCUGCCUAUUCAUCUGUUCCAUAUGAGAAAGGCUUUGCUUUGCUUUUUCACCUUGAACAACUUCUUGGAGGACCAGAUGUCUUCAUGGGCUUCUUGAAGGCUUACAUUCAGCAGUUCGCUUAUAAGAGCGUAGGAACUGAUGAGUGGAAGAAGUUCUUGUACUCAUACUUCAAGGAUAAGGUAGAUAUUCUUGAUAAAGUUGACUGGAACUCUUGGAUGCAUGCUCCAGGAAUGCCACCGGUGAAGCCUACAUAUGAUAUGACACUAGCAAAUGCCUGUGUUGCCUUGAGCCAAAGAUGGAUCAAAGCAAAAGAGAGUGAUUUGGGCUCGUUCAGCUCGGCGGACCUGAAGGGAAUGUCAUCUCAUCAACUGAUCGAGUUCCUGGGACAGUUGCUGCUGGAGGCUCCUCUUCCACUGUCACAUGUCAAACGAAUGCAGCAAGUAUACGACUUCAAUGCUAUAACUAAUUCUGAAAUACGAUUCAGAUGGCUACGCCUCUGUAUCCAGUCCAAGUGGGAAGAUGCUAUUCCUCUGGCUCUAAAAAUGGCAACAGAUCAAGGGAGGAUGAAGUUUACUCGGCCCUUGUUCAGGGAUCUUUACAAUUUUGAGAAGUCUCGAGAUCUGACUGUCAAGACAUUCCUAGAGCACAGAGCCUGUAUGCACCCAGUCACAUCAAUGCUUGUGGGCAAAGACUUGAAACAGGAUCCAUGACAACUUUAUUGAUUGCUUUGAAAUUUUCUAGUUGCUGAAAAAACCCUGAUUCUGCAAACCAUUCAUAUGUGUGCUUGAUUAUGCCAUAAAAUGAUCUGCUGCUUUGGUGCUAAUUUAGCUUAAAAUGAACUUUCUGGAUCAAAUUUUUCUAUUUUGUACCUCCCAAGUAUUGCUGCAAAAGCAUUAAAUCUCUGGAACUGGGAGAAAGGUUUUCUUAUAAGCAAUUGAUGUAACAUGCAAAGAAGCUGUGUAAGAUGUAGUGACUCAUGGAAUUUAAAAACUUGGAAAAUUAACUGGUGGAUGGCAUAAAUCUUUGUGCAUAGCUUUCUUUUUUUUGUAGUAAUAUGCAAUUGGAACUUCAAGGAUCUGACAACUCAAAAAUAAAUCUUAUUGCAGAGUCUA